GGACCGAAGGGAGCAAGGGCUGUUAUGGAGAUUAUUAUAUUUCCCUUGAAAGCUAACGGAAAGGACUUUAUCGUGAUUAAACGGACAUGAAUUUACCGAUUGAGUUCAGCUGAAGCAACAGAACUUGUCCUCCUGGUCCAUAUAGGAAACGUUAUUAAGAAUGUGAUCUGUCUUUGGCUGCCAUCUACAUCUCUACAUUAUCCCAUUGGAUCUCGAGUUUGUUUGCAGCUCUCAUCUGAAGUUUGGACGUCAGAUCUGCAAGUGUGAGAGAAUUGAAUGCCUAUGAUAGGAAACAGCAGAAGAUCUGAGCAGAAGCCACAGUCCUUGUGGUGUGAGAAGGGAUUGUGAAGGCGUUGAGAGUCUUGACUUUAAAGAUAUGGCAGAGCAUGGUGAGCUGCUAGCGGAGAUGGCGACUAUCGGCCGUCUCUCAGCCACUGAGCGCCUGAAGCAUGCGCAGAAGAGACGGGCACAGCAGCUGAAAGGCUGGGCUCAGAUGGAAAAGGACAGUACCCGUAGUCAAAAGGGCAACCAUAAGGGAGAUGGGGUGAAGAAAAGCAGAAGGGUGACCUUCAACACCAGUGUGACAUUACUGGAGGCUGCAGCCAGGAAUGACGUAGAGGAGGUACGAGAGUUGCUCAAUAAUGGAGUCAGUCCAGACUUGUUCAAUGAGGACGGACUUACUGCACUUCAUCAGAGCUGCAUAGAUGAUUUUUUGGAUAUAGCACGCUGUCUUCUAGACGCGGGUGCGAACGUAAAUGCGUGUGACAGUGAACUGUGGACUCCUUUACAUGCUGCGGCCACCUGCGGACACACUGACCUCGUCCAGCUGCUGAUAGAAGCGGGUGCAGAUUUGUUGGCGGUGAAUGCAGAUGGAAACAUGCCGUAUGAUCUGUGUGAGGAUGAGGCUACGCUAGAGCUCAUAGAGAUGAUCAUGGCAGAGCAGGGGAUUACUCAGGAGAGAAUUGAUGAAUGUCGUGGAGCCAAGGAGAGAGCGAUGUUGUCUGACCUUCAAGAGCUGGUUGCGAGCGGAGCUGAUUUAAAUGUGAAGGACGAGCAGGGAGCCACUUUGCUCCAUAUAGCUGCUGCUAAUGGAUACACAUCAGUUGGGGAGCUGUUGCUGGAGCACAGAAUAUCUCCUAAUGACAGGGAUGUUGAUGGAUGGACUCCGCUUCAUGCUGCCGCCUGCUGGGGACAGAUCCAGAUGGUGGAGCUGUUGGUAGCUAAUGGUGCAAAUUUAAACGCCAAGUCUGAGCUAGAUGAGACGCCUCUGGAUGUGUGCACUGAUGAGGAGGUCCGGGCCAAAAUGAUGGAUCUGAAACACAAACACGAUGCCAUCAUGAAGGGUCAGGACAAACACAAGAACACACUGCAGAGACGAGUAUCAAGCACUGGCAGCAGAGGUAAAGUAGUGAGGCGCACCAGUGUGAAUGAGCGCAGCAGUCUGUACCGCAGAGAGCAUCAGAAGGAAGCCAAAGUGUGGCAGGAAAGAGGCAGACAGACAGAUGCCCUGGAUGAUGAUGAAGACAGACAAACCGAUGCAGAACUGAACCUGCACGCUGCACUGGUGUCCGGCUCUAAUGCAACCCCUGUUCCUCCAUUAGAGCUCGGCGAGGUGGAAAACGGAGCUCAAGUUUUGGGCAACGGCAGCACAGCCUCAUUUUCUUCCUCACUUCCAGGAGAACUCCAGGGCGGGGGCCGCAUGGAUCGCAGCGCCUCAUAUCAGCUCACUCCAGCUUCGGCUUCUUCCGGCGGGGACAGCAUGAGCAGAGAGAGAUCUCACCACACACUCGCAGAUCUCAAGCGACAGAGAGCAGCGGCUAAACUACAUAAACAUCCAGCACCUCCUUUACCUCUUUCUGCAGAUCCUCAAGAUGAGGUCGUCCCUGAAGAACCCCAGCAACCCCUGGAGCCCUCUGAAUCAGUACAACAGGAUGUGUCCCCCAGUGCAGUGUACUUUACCCAAGCUAGUGGAGAUCCACCUCUACUGAAGCUGAGAGCACCAGAAGAGGAAACGAAUAAUACUAAAGAACCAUGCUGUGGACUCAUGUAGAAGCAGCCGACGAACAUGUUUGGUUUCAUGCAGUUCUUGAGUACUACGUGGACAAACUAAAAUUGUCAGGCAGGUACGUGGAAAUGAGUUUUAUGUCCAAGUCACGCUUUCUCUCACAAUGGCACAUGAACUGAGUGAGCUUAUUUUACAACUUUCCAAGUGGAAAACAUAAGAAAUCAGAAAAAAAAGAAGACCAAAGCUCCCACAUUUGCAUAAAUUUUGUGGAUUAAUUGAAUUUUUUGCUGUAUUUCACUUAAGCUCAUAUAGUUUUUUUUUUUUUUUUUUUUUUUUUUUUUUUUUAAGUUGUUAUGGUCAUUAAAGUUUCUAAGUAUUUACUCUGUUCAAUGCAUAGAGAAAAAACUGACACUGAGCACUUUACUUGACCGAACCUUCAACAAUCCUUAUAGCUUUGAUGGAUAUAUUUGUAGAAGUAUACUGAUCACCAAAAAAGCACAUUUGAAUUGCACUGAUCAAAAUAAAAUUUCAUUAGCGGUUUUGCUGCAGUCUUACAACUAGCACACUUGCUCUUGUUCUUCAUUCAUACAUGGUUGCACCAUUUCAUAAUGCUUACUGCUUUCAGCCUCAUAUCCCAGCAUCUAUCUACAUUGUUUAUUGCCUUUGAGAUCGAACUUAAGCUAAUUUUAAUGUAAAUAAAUAGUUUGCACAGAGGUGAUUGUGCCUUCAGAUUAGUUUUUCUUCUCAUUAGCAUAAAAGCAGCAUUUUUUUUCACCCUUUUUUGUUCAUCACACUUUGUUGUAAUGUAUGGAAGCCCGUUUCUGCCAAUAAAAAAUAAAAAAGCUUAUUGCAACUUUUUAUCUCACAAUUCUGACUUUUUUUCUCAGAGUUGCGUAAUACAAACUUGCAAUUCAGAAUUUUUUUUUCUCAGAAUUGCGUGAUAUAAACUCACAAUUGCGAGAAAUAAAGUCAGAAUUGCAAUUCUGGGUGUGUUCACACUUGUAGUUCGGUUCAUUUGGUCCGGACCAAAAAGGAAAAUUAUACUAUUGGUCCUGGUCCGCUUAGCGUUCACACUGGCAUUUUUCGACUGCGAACCUAAAGAUACCGAACCUAAAGGCAUAGUUAUACGUUCACAACCUGAUUGGUCGGGUUGAAUGAUGUAUAUUUCGUGACGGAACUCACCGAACACCACAAACAAAAAGAAAAGGUACGUUCGUCGUAAGUCGACUACAACUAAUGCCGUCUGCUGGACUAAGCGUGCUCAUUGUUGCGUGUAUAUGAUUUUAUUUUCACCACCUGCAACCUCACAAAGAGCUCAUAAAAGGCACUUUACAUCCUCGUUGCUCCACGUUUGCCCUCUGCUCGUUUUGUUUUGGAUACACCGCUUGUUCCCUUUGUGAAAUCAUGUCACAUAGUGUCACAUCUUGUCAGUACUUCCUGUUUUUGGUUCAUUUAGAAGUAUUUGGUUCAUAUUUCAGUCGAACUGCACAAGAGUUUGUUUGGAAGGGGAGCAAGACCCAUAUUUUUAGCGGCAUAUUUUCCAACUCUGGUGCGGUUCGAUUGAAAUAUGAACACCUUUGGUGCACACUAGGGUUCGACUGGGAGCAUUCACACUUACUCAAAUGAACCGCACUAACAGAGCCCUCUGAGGGAAAAAAAAAAAAAAGUCAGAAUUGCGAGUUUAUAUACUUUAUAAAGUAAUUUUGAGGGGGAAAAGACUGAUAUGUUUUCAAAAUUCCGAGUUUAUAUCUCACAAUUCUGACAUAAUAACUCGCAGUUGAGUGGUAUAAAGUCAGAUUUGCAAAAUAUAAACUCGCAAUUCUAAGAAAAAAAGUCACAAUUGCAAGAUAUUAACUCAGAUUUGUGAGUAUUCUGACUUCAUUUCUAAGAAAUGUGAGUUUUGUCUCACAAUUCUAAAAAAAAAAGUGUCAGUUGCAAGAUAAAAAGUCGCAAUUAACUUUUUAAUUUUUUUUAUUCAGUGGCGGAAACGGCUUCCAUAGUAAUGAGUCAAAUAGAUGCAAUAAAACCAAAAUGAAAAAUACAGCAAAUACUUUUUGGUCUGAAUACUCUCUGGCAAUUUGGUGUAGAUCAUCAAAUUCAAACACCUAAUUUUCUUAUUUGUUUAAAAACGGAAAAUAAGAAUUCAACUUGAUUUUUUUUUUUUUUUUUUUUUUUUUUUUUUUCUUCUUCUUCUUUUUCUUUGUUCCUCUACAGUUAAAGAGUUUACAGCUUUAAUAUUUUACUCAUAUAGUGGAUAGUAAAUUAGUAGCUGGGUUCAAAUUUCUUUAAUAAUUUAAAGCGUUGAGAGUUAGUUUUCUAAACAUAUUCCAAAAUAUUAUUUGUAACAUUCAGUCAGACUAAUUAUUCUAAUCUUAAUAUAUCAAGAUUAGAAUAAUUACGAUUAUAGGAUUAUAUCUAAGAAUUAAAUUUUUUUUUUUAAUUCUCAUUUUUCCAGUAAAAUGGACAGAAGGUCUGCAGACCAAAAAUCUUUAUUUCUUUGGUUUUAUUGCAUUUUCGAUUGGUGCAUUGGAGCAAAGUAUGAUGAAAAAGUGAAAAACUGAUAGGCCCUUUUUUUUUUCUUUUUUUUUUUGCUUCAGGAUGGUUGAAAUCAUGAUGAAUGGUUUAUACAUUUUUUCAAUUUUGAAUUUAAAUUAUCUGAAGGUACAUAUAGCAACAGACUACAUUGUUGCCAGGAUCAAAUUAAAACCUUAAACUACUACUCCAUCAUUCAGUCUAUUCCUUUUUUCUUUUUUAACCAUUCUGCGAAAAAAAAAAAAAAAAAAAAAAAAAACUCACUCCCAAAAGACAUAUAUGCAUCUUUAUUUUAUAGAGAUUGCGUAGAUUGUUUUUUUUAUUGUUUAGAAAUGGUCAAAUAAAUAAAUGUAUAAAUAUAUAAAUACAUUUUUAUUUAUAAAAAUAAAAUAUAAAUAUAUGAAAUAUUGUUGCUCCUGAUUUGCUUCUGCCACAGAAACAUUUAAUUAAUUGCAAAUGAGAGCAACUUUAAAUUAAAGAAACUUAUACAUAAUGUGUGCAAAAUAACCUAGAUAUUUUAAGAAACUACAGCUGUAUGAUCAUAAAAAUAUGAAUGCCUUUUGAGUCAGUGUAUUGACGCCAAAUGUUUCUCAAGGAAAGCAGUAAAUUGAUUCUUUUUUUGCACCUGUAUAUUAACUGUAAAGCAUGCUAGAAUUUAAAUAGAACAUUAACAUAUAUUAAAAUCCUAAUUGUUUCUCAUUUUCAAUGUUUUUAGUGAACUAAGAAAAAUGAGGAAAAUAAGCUUGUAUCUGCACGUGUUAGAACCAUUAAAGAUCUUCUGUAUUUCAUUUCUAGUUUAAAAAAAAGGAAAAAUGAAUGGAUGCAAAAGUACAGGGACAACAGAAUGUCAACAGUUUAUUUAAAGAUAUGGUGUAAGUCACUGGUUAAGCUGUUUAGUGAGUUUUAUGUUUUUUCUUACGAUGGGUUUUGCUCAGUAUUCAGUGAGAUUUAAAUGAAAUGAGUGAUGGCAACGCUAUUUUCAUAAAGAUUGGCGUAAAUAGAUAGUUGACUUUCAAAAUAUCUCAAGUUUAAUACUAUUUACAAGAAGAUUAACUUAACAUCUAAUAGCUUUGUGUAAAUAAUGAACAUUUAUUUUUCCAUUAAUGCACAUGCAUUUGCACUUGCAGGUGUAAAAUGUUAUUUUGCACCUUGUUUACCUGUUCUGAUCACAUCAAGUGCUUUAGUUCUGUUUUGUUGGUCCAGUCUUAAAAUGUCAAGAAAAUGUGUCAGUGUCCUAAAUGCAACUACAAAAGUUUUGUUCUAUGAGGUUUGGCUUGGUUGAUUUUUUUUUUUUUUUUUUUUUUUUUUUGUCCUAAAUAAUAAUAAUAAUAAUAAUAACAAUUUAGCAACAUCCACUCUUUGUCUUACAUGCAUAUGCAUAACUUUAACCAGUGGAGUCUCUUUUUGUUUCAAGCUAUGGUCUGUAAAAAUGCUUUUAUUGAUUUCAUUGAUUUUUAUUUAUUUUUUUAUUAUUAUUAUUUAUUUAAUGAACUUUGUAAACAGUUUGUGUGAUGAUGUUUUAGAUGUGUUAGGAUGUAUAGACAAUGAAAUACAGAUGAUAAAUGACAUUAUUGAGAUUACAUGAUUACAUUUCACAUUUAUCAAAUAUCCUGAUUAAUUGGGAGUUAUCUGUAAGCAACUUUAUAUUCUAGAACACUGUAUAAAGUGAUAUUCCAUAAUGUGACAGUAACUUGACACUACAAAAAACUGAGCUGAGUAAUUUCCUCUAUACGUGCAAUCGUCCAUUUGGAAGUCUAGAUUUAGUAUAAACUGAUAAACUCUUUUCAGGGUUAUUUAUUUAGACAUUUUUUGUAUAUUUGAACUUAAAAUGUCUCUGGACUUUGUAAUCUGAACUCUACCAUGGAACACUUGCAAAUAUCUCAUCUUGACAUGCAGUGUGUACUAGCACUUUUUUUAAAUGGUAAAAUGCCUUAAAUGUAAAAUUCCAUGAUUUUGGACAUCCGUUUUGUACAUUUCUAUGUCAUCUACUUCCGCUGUUAAAUUUAACACUGAUGUCUGUAAAUAUAUUGAGAGAAUAAACCAGGUUUGAAUAAAGUGCAC